CCACCUGCCAUCUUCCCGUGUAAGCAGCAAGUAUAUACAUAUAAUAUUCACUUCACAACAAACAGUCGAAGAAACUGAAAGCAGAAAAAGCUUUUAUAGAAUCCAGAAAGCUAAAAGAUCCAAACAAACAUGAGAGCCAGCAACCAUUUGAUUGGUUUACUCAACUUCUUAACCUUUCUGCUAUCGUUACCCAUCUUAGGGGGCGGAAUAUGGCUGAGCAGCCGCGCCAACACCACCGACUGUCUCAGGUUUCUACAGUGGCCGUUGAUCAUCAUUGGCGUGGCCAUCAUGGUCGUUUCUUUGGCCGGUUUUGCUGGCGCCUGUUACCGUAACACCUUCCUCAUGUGGCUUUAUCUCUUUGUCAUGUUCUUCAUCAUCGCAGCUCUUAUUGGCUUUAUAAUCUUUGCUUAUGCUGUCACUGAUAAAGGGUCGGGUCGGGUCCUCCUGAACCGGAAUUACUUAGAUUAUUAUUUGGAGGAUUAUUCUGGGUGGCUUGAGAAACGAGUGGCCAGUGAUAGCUACUGGGGGAAGAUUAGUUCUUGUAUUAGAGACUCUAAGGUUUGUAGCAAGAUGGGGAGAACUGUUGGUGGAGCUCCUGAAACUGCUGAUAUGUUUUACUUGAGGAAGCUUAGCCCUGUUGAGUCUGGCUGCUGCAAGCCCCCAACAGAGUGUGGCUAUGUGUAUGUGAAUGAGACAUUAUGGAACCCUGGAGGAGGGUUGGUGGGGACAAAUCCGGACUGCACUUUGUGGAGCAAUGAUCAAGAGCAGCUGUGCUAUCAGUGCAACUCUUGCAAAGCCGGUGUGCUGGCCAGCCUCAAGAAGAGCUGGAGGAAGGUCUCGGUGAUCAACAUCGUUGUGAUGAUAAUCCUAGUGAUCUUUUAUGUGAUUGCCUAUGCAGCUUUUAGGAACAAUCGUCGGAUUGAUAACGAAGAACCCUUCGGCGAAGCCAGAAUGACUAAGGCACAACCCAGUAGGAUCCAGCUUUAACUAAGACAUUGAUUGUGUUACUUUGUCAAGGUUGUAGUUUUAAGGUUUUGGUAUUGUAUUAGGAGUGGGUUUGAUUUAGACAAGGAGCUUGCAUUUUUGGUUUAACAUCUGAAAUGUUGGCUGUAAAUUAUGUGUUCA